AUGUCAGUCCAGGGGAUGUCCACGUCAGUGUUGGUGAAGGAAGACAAUCAAAAAAGAAGUCCCUCCUCUUCAAUUCAUGGAACGCAAAACAGUAUUCCGCCAAGUGGGCAUUUCAACCUAAAAGACAAGCUUCUGCAAGUUGGUCUUCCCAUACAGGAUGAUCUGUGGCAUCUUCCCGGACAGCUACGAAUAAAUCCAUCUCUGUGGGAUAGGGCUGAUGUCUCCCUCUGGCUUCACUGGGCCCACAAAGAGUAUUCACUACGGCGGCCUGAGAAGGGAUGCUUUGAGAUGAAUGGCCGAGCCCUGUGCCUUCUCACUAAGGAGGACUUCAGGUAUCGCUGCCCAAGCUCAGGUGAUGUUCUGUAUGAGAUCCUCCAGUGUGUGAUAAAGCAAAAGAAGAGUGUUGGACAUGAACCCUCAACCACGUGUGAUAUCCAAAGCACAGAGAGGCCCCAGAUCCCUGAACCAAAAACUGAACCCUCACUGCAUCCCUCCUCAAAUAACACACAAGAGUGUAGGCUUCUUUGGGAUUAUGUCUACAAAAUGCUGUGUGAUGACCAAUAUCAAGAAUACAUCCGAUGGGAGGACCGCAGCAGUCUAGUUUUCAGAAUAGUUGAUCCCGACGGCUUGGCACAUCUCUGGGGACAUCACAAGAACCGGGAUAAUAUGACUUAUGAAAAAAUGUCUCGUGCUUUGAGGCAUUAUUAUAAACUCAACAUCAUCAAAAAGGAGCCCGGACAAAAAUUGCUCUUCAGAUUUCUGAAAACACCACAAGACAUCAGGAAAGAGCUGGAGGACAACGCAUCUCCAGCUCACUCACCCCUUCAGGACUCGAACUUUCCAGAUGGCAGUCCUUUUUCUGAAUUCAGCGAAGAACGUUUUCAGGUUUCCCCUGAUCGUACCUCUCCAGAGUGCUCACCAACUUGUCCUGUGAGAUGA